AUGCAAGAGGCAAACAUUAUCAGUCGACAUGUUCCAGAGUCUGUUCUGGAAAUAACGCUUCCUUCAUGGUGGGCAACACCCGAAUCUGAGGGAAUAAAGCUUCCUUGGGCGUCAAGCUCCAAACCUACAGAGCCCCAUCCCGUUGAGCCUGCCAGAAGAUCAUACUCUAAAGUGGCUUUCGAUCUCCUCGAGCGCCGCAAAGAGAAAUUUGUUCUCUGGAUACCUGCUACACCAGUUUCAAACCGCCCUUCACUGGUACUUGGCAUUUUCGAUCGCGGUCCUCCGGCUACUAUUGAUGAAUUUUUCACCGGGCUGCUACGCAGAUCAGACCAACCAGAUCUCUGGGAACUCGAUCCAAAUGACAUAUACCCGCCAUUGAAGAAUGGCACAGUCUAUCACUACUGGUUUGAGAUCCAAGAUUCAUCACCAGAGCAUCUGGGUACAUUCCGAGUAACCGAUCCAAUUGCAUAUACGGUUGACUACAGAGCCACGAAAAUGCAGGCUGAGCACGUCCAGCCAGCUUCCGUGAUCAAGUUCCGUGAUGGCAAGCUAUGGCCCUGCGACAUUGAUGGAAAUGAGCCAAGCCAGGUGACACCUCCACGACAAGAUGCCAUACCAGACAACAAUCACUUGGUGAUCUACGAGCUCCCGGCUUCGUGGGCGAAAUAUAAACAGGCUGGGGAUGUGCAGGUUGAUGUUGGCACCUUCACAGAUGUUCUCGCUCUAUUCGACUUAAAGACUGCUGGUGAUCGGUUCCGGGAUACUUCGCCUGUUUCCAAUGAAGCUAUUGUCGCUGAUCUGGGUGUUAACGCGCUGGAGCUGCUCCCUGUUGCGGACGCAAAACCAAUGGGUGAAUGGGGAUAUGCUACAGCUCAUUACUACGCCCCCGACUUUGAUCUAGGAACUUCAACGGAUUUAGUAGAGUUGGUGGAAAACAUUCACUUAAGGGGCGUCCGAUUCCUCACAGAUGUUGUGAUGGCUUUUGGGCACGAUCCGUAUAUCUACACAGCUUUCGAACAGUUUCACCUUAUCCCAGAGGAGGAAAGAGAAAAUCGGGAUAGCUACCAACCUCAUUCCAAUGUACUGCGAGAGGCAUGGGGUGGCCGACUGUGGCGCUACAUCAAAGACACCACUACUUACGAUCCAAAAUCAGGCAUACCCGGAAAUGUCCAUCCUUCUUGGGCCUUUCAUCAUGGACACCUCCACCGAUGGAUGUCGGACUUUGGUAUAGGCGGUCUCAGGCUCGACAGCGUGAACAACAUCGCUAAUUUUGAUUUCAUCAAAUCAUAUACUGAUGAGGCAUGGUCUCUCUACAAAUCAAGAUACGAAACGCCUGCCCCCUCUAAAUUCCUUGUCAUCGGCGAAGAACUCAACGUUCCCAUCGACAUGGUCACUAGCGGCACCCUCAAUGCACUCUGGAACGAGCCGUUCCAAGGACGUCUCCGCGCAGCUAUCCUCGGACAAUCCACAGAUGGUGACAACUUUGAAUGGACGGUCCGUAAAAUGAUUAACUGCACGCUCGACCAGUCUCACCCCUUCACAGACGGCGCACAAGCAAUAAACUACAUCACCUCCCACGACACGGAAGGAUUCAGGAAAGAGCGCCUUUUUAACUUUCUUUCCGCCAACAGCGUCUAUGAUAUUGAGCGACGAAGUAAACUCGCAUUUACUUGUCUCUUAACGGCCGUCGGUAUUCCGAUGAUUUUCGCGGGUGAGGAAUUUUGUGAUCAAAUGGAUCGUCCAGUAGGGCUGAAACAAGUUGACCCAGUGAAUUAUGAGCGAAAGGCACAGGACUGGAGGGCGAGGGUCUUUAAUUACGUUGCGACCCUUGUGAGGCUGAGAGAGGAGUGCCCCGCUCUAGGCUUUAAUGAUACGCAGUUCAUCCAUGUGGAUGGGAACUGUGAGUGCAAGAUCAUAUCGUGGAAGAGGGGAGCACAGGGCCAGGCGCCUGUGGUUGUGGUGGCCAAUUUCACCGAUCAGGAUACGCCUGGUAAUGAGUAUUUCAUAGAGAAUUGGCCCGAGCGGGACAGGGAGGGCUGGAGGGAAGUUACUCAGGGGAGGGACGUGCCGAGAGAUUGGGUAGGGCGGGAACCGUUGCUGCAUUGGGAAGCUAAGGUUUAUACCUAUCAGGAAAGGAAUCCAGGUCAUCAUGAUUAG